GCAGCAUCAGAGUCGCACCAGCUGCAAGUUGUGUUGUAGAUAUUUUUUUUCUCGCGUGUCUCGUUCUCGAAGCAUCAAGAGAGAAAAUUGCACGCACGCGGACAUACCUAUAUAGAUAUUAUAAUACACGCACACUAUUGUCUUUCUCUCACUCUCGGCUUUUAAAUACCCCCGUGUGUUUACAAUACACACAUAAGUACACUUACACUCGUUCUUUGUGUUUCCUCUCUCUCUCUCUCUCUCUCUCUCUCUCUCUCUUUCUCUUGCUCGGCGCUCGCGAAGUUCAAAUAACACCGUAUAUAAUAAACGUACACACACAAUCACAAAGACGACGACGCGCUUCUACAUAAUCGUGUACUAAAUACAUGUGCGCGCUUAUGUGUACGCGCGUGUGUGUGUAUCAAUCCCUCCAAAUACACUCGACUUCUGAUAGUACACACGAACUCGCGUGCGGCUGAGGCGUGUGGCUGCUGCUGCUACUGCUACUUACUGCUGCUGGUAAUAAUAUUGUGUGUGUUUGUUUGAUCAGUCACUCAUUGUUUUGGCGUCUUGGUGUAUGUGCGUGAUUUAUAAUUCUCUUACGCUCCUUCAUUCUUUCGGUAAAAUCCGUAGUGAUAAAGACCCGUAUACAAAUUUGAAGGAAAACAAAAGUGAAAGUGCAACACGACGAGUUGUUACGAAAAAAGUGACCGAAGAAAAAAUCGAUCGACUGCAGUAGUGCGAUCGACGGCCAAAUUACGUAAGAUAAUUUUGGUAUUAUUGGUUUACUUGUGCUCGCUGUUGUACGAGAGGAUAACGAUCCGAGAUCUUGUGCGUGCUCGUUGCGGACGUAAACACACGCUAUACACACACACCUAGCCAACGGUGAGCCGAGCAACAGGGUGAUAGAACGGCAGAUUCGAGUCACACUGCGAUUAUUGUUUUGUCUCCGAAGAUAUAAUCGAUGAUGGAAGGUUAUUACAAGUACAACAAUUGCGAAGAGAGCAGCACCGAGCAAGUUUCUAGUCUGUAAAAGAGAAACCACCGAGAGGAGCGUUAACGCACGCAGCUUUCGUCGCUCCCUUCAGAGUCUCCGUAGCACGCAUAUAAUUGAGAACGAAAAAUCAUGAAACAUUGCUGGUGCCGCAGCGAAACAGUACGAAAACGUUUUCGAUUCAAGCGCAAAUUGAACGAAAAAUAAAUAAGUAAGCGGCGAAGCACACACACACCCACACGCAAGAGGACAGAGCCUGACUCGGACGCAGAAAACAAUCAAGUUCACCGUGCAAUCGUUUUAUUAGUGAUAUUAAUAAAAAAAAAAAGAGAGGACAAGAUACAAGCCAAAGGAUAUUAUUAUUUUUCUACCGAAUCUGUCGAAAUUCUUCGGACGAUCUUUCAAAGCCACAAGUGUGUCAGUCACACCAAAUGACAUCGGAGCGCAAGCAGCGCCCGGCAGCUAAAGGACUGAAAACGCAACAACAGAAACUCAGCGCGAUCAGUGCCAUCAGAUCGGCGGCCAAGGACUUGGACGGCACGCGGCAAUUAUCCGCAGAAUUCUGCACUGACCAAUUUUUUACUAGCGGUUACUUCGACGUAAAAGGAUCUCAAAAUGGGAAUCGACUUUCUCGCGGACGGCGGUGCCGACUUCGAGCAUGCAAUCUCCGUCACAGGUUUUGGAAAGUUCCACUACAUGCUGCUGGCCGUGAGCGGCUUGAUUUACAUGGACACGGCCAUCGGGGUGACGAUACUAUCGUUCGUGCUACCCGCGGCCCAAUGCGAUCUUGAUAUGGACUCGACGAAGAAGGGCUGGCUGACGGCGGCACCGAUGCUCGGUAUGGUCAUCGGCUCCUAUAUCUGGGGCUGUCUCGCUGACACCAAGGGACGCAAAAUCGUCCUCAUCUCGACGCUGCUCAUGGACGGCAUUGUGGGCAUCAUGUCCUCGUUCAUGCAGCGUUUCUGGUUCUUCCUGGUAUUCAGGUUCUUCAACGGGUUUGCUGUUACCGGAGCAAUGGGAAUCGUAUUUCCUUACCUGGGCGAGUUCCAGCCAACCAAGCACCGCGAAAAGAUCUUAUGCUGGAUGGAAAUGUUCUGGACAAUCGGUGUCAUCGCCCUCCCCCUGAUCGCCUGGUUAAUCAUGUCCCUGGAAAUCGAGUACAUAGCCGACGCGUUCGUCUUCAAAUCCUGGAAUCUCUUUGUCGCCUUGUGCGCCCUCCCAUCCCUCUUGCUGGGCUUCUGGCUGUUCGCCUUCCCCGAGAGCCCGAAAUUCCUGCUCGAGUGCGGCGAGACCGACGCCGCCCUCGCCGUCUUCCAGUACAUCUACGCGCAGAACACGGGCGAGGCGCCCGAGGCCUACCCGGUCAAAUCCCUCCAGGAGAAGCCCAACUCCAAGGACAAGAGCACUCGCGCCUUGAAACUGCACAAGCGCAAGGAUCUCAAGGUCCUCGUGGCCGAGGUCUGGGAUCUGACCAAGGCCCUCUGCAAGCCGCCCUAUCUCAAGAACACCCUGCUGGCCUGCGCCAUACAGUUUGGCCUGACUUCCAGCUACUACACCCUCAUGAUCUGGUUCCCCGAGCUGUUCAAUCGUUUCGACGAGUUCAAGCGCACCAAUCCCAACGACACCGCCUCGGUGUGCAUCGUGUCCAGCCUGCCCGUGAAUCUGACCACUCCGGCGAUCGACGAGUGCCCGGUCGAGAUCGGUAACGAUGUCUUCCUGCACACUGUCUACAUCGGGCUGGCCUGCAUCCCCGGCUCCAUCGUGCUGCCCCUCUUCGUGCACAAGCUCGGCGCCAAAUUCUUCCUCAUCAUGUCGUUGAUGGUCUCGGGAGCUGUGACUGUCGGCUUCUACUAUGUGACGAACGCCAAUCAAAAUCUCGUGCUCUCCUGCGUCUUCGAGGCUCUCACGUCCCUCGGUAUUUCUCUCGUCUACUGCGUCAUUGUAGACAUGUUCCCGACUAAUCUUAGGGUUAUGGCAGCGGCUUUGUCAUUGACAAUGGGUCGACUUGGCGCUUUGGUAGGCAAUCUCGUGUUUGGCUACUUGAUCGAUCUGGCCUGCGUCGUACCGAUUGUGCUCUUCGCUUCGUUCUUGUUCGCUUGCGGUUUCCUAUCCGUGUUCCUACCCAAGACUGGCAAAGAAACAUUGGACUAAACCACGCCUCAUCAACGCUAUCUCGAUUAAAGAUGAAGUUGAGCAAGACGAUGUACAUAUUUUUACACAUUUAAAAAAGAACAUUUGUACUUGCGUGUAUCUUUUGUACACGCAAAUACGAAUGUGGAAAAAUCGAAAUAUGUGCAUCGGAAAAAAGAUGAAGAACACACACGAGCGCUGCAAUACGGACAAGUAUUCACAGAUCUUCCAAUAUACUUUAUAGCUGUUAUAUACACACACAAAAACACACCAAAACAAGUGCCUUAGUCUUACUUUUGUAUAGACGAUUGAUGAUUAUUGCUAACCGCGUAAUUCCGACGAGUAUUCGCUAAUUGUGAUAAUCGUUUAUUAUUAUUAGAUAUUUAAAAAAAAAGAAAGAAAAGGGAAAGAAAAAAAAGUAUAGAGAUAUUAUAUAUAUUUCCAAGCGAAUAAAUGAAUACAUACUAUUUUUGUAUGCGACUUUACUCACGUAAAUCUAUUAUAUUUAUGUGCGAGAUGUGUGUUGUUCGAUGAAGAAAAAAAAACAAACUAUUAGUGGGUCAGAAAAGGCGAAACUUGCUUUAACGAUGAUGACUCUGGUUUUUCCGAGUUUUUCGGUGAUUAGCCUAUGCCCACUUAUACCUAGAUGAUUUGAUGAUGAUUUUGAUUUUUAAGUGUUGAGAAUUUAUUAGGCUUGUGAGUGCCUCCUUUUACAAAGGACCGGCACAGACUGCAAUGAAGAAUGAUUUGUUAUCGGCGUACAUACAUUUUUACACUUUCACAUCGCGACAAUUUGAUUCUUAAUGUAUAUACUUAAUUAUUAUUUAUUUUUUGUUUGAUGUUGGAAAAAUAAUUCGUGUCGUCUCGAUACGUAAAAACAAUGUCAAUUAACCGACGAACCGGGCCUCCCUGGAUAUAUCAAAGAAUAUAAUUCUUUCGAAUAAAUGUGCCUUAUACUUAUAAUGAAACUGUAAAUGAUAAUCUCACGUAGCUGAGCGAGCAGAAUUUGCUUAAUUGCUUUUCACACAUAUACUUAUGAUGUAUCGAUUCUUGUGCUUAACCGAAUGGAACGAAUGCGUUGAGAUGGCUUUAUUUUAAAGGAUAGACGUCGAUUAUUAAUUUUUUUUUUAGGGUACGAAUGUCUUUGUUAGUGUAAGACGGGAGCUAAAAUUUGUUUACCAAGGCUUUUACCGUCCGGACGGAUUUUUUGAUGCAUAAUAGUAAUGUGCGAAGAAUCGAAUGCUGUACAUAAUCACCUUUAAUUUACUAGAUACUUUUUUUCAUGUUCUUUAUUUAUUAGAAAUGUGCGUUAAAACUCACGUAGGAAAACUUUUUCAAAUGAUGAAUUUCGAUUUCGUAAUGACGUCGGUUUGUCUAAUGUUAGAUUUUAUUUUACACGCUUGUGAAUUGUUGAUUUUUUUAUGAUUAAAUAUAAAAACUAUUAUAACAUAACUUAGAUAAAAAAAUUAUUAUAAUUACGAUCAUUGUUACUGAGACGAAUACACAAGUUAAAUGUAA